CUUCCUCAUUGGGUCAGUGCGCUGCGCUCCGCCGGUCCGUUCGCCUCUCCAACACAGCACACAGAGGAGAGAGACAGAGAGGAUGGAGCCGCACAUAAAGACAUGAGGAAUACUCACACCACCUCCAUCUUCAUCAUCACCUUCAUCCUCUGAAGCUGAAUCAUCACAUCAAACCGCGGAGAGAAGAGCUAAAGAGAGUGGUCAUCAUGGGCUGCGUGGGCUCCAAGAAGGAGCAGGAGCCUCUGGGUAAAACUUCAGGGACCGACGAUCUGCAGAGCCGCUUGCAGACAACUCACUAUGUCAAAGACCCCACCACAGGAAGCAAAGCUAACAAGAUGUCAUCCUCUGCAAACUCCUCAGAAGGCGAGAGCAUCGCCAUGGCGCUUUUCGACUACGAGGCCAUUCAUGACGGAGACCUGGGCUUCAAGAAGGGAGACAAACUCAAGAUUUUAGAAGAGUCGGGGGAGUGGUGGCGAGCAAUGUUGAUCAGUACGGGUCAAGAGGGUUACAUUCCCAGUAACUACGUAGCUAAAGACACUCUGGAGGCCGAGGAGUGGUUCUUUAAAGGUGUGAGCAGGAAAGAUGCAGAACGGCAGCUGCUAGCUCCGGGGAACAAGGUGGGCUCCUACAUGAUCCGAGACAGCGAGACCACCAAGGGUAGUUACUCUCUGUCAGUGCGGGACAGUGACGGUCAGUCUGCAGACACUGUGAAACAUUAUAAGAUCAGAACUCUGGAUAACGGAGGAUUCUACAUCUCUCCACGAAACACCUUCAGCACCCUGCAGGAACUGGUCAUCCAUUACAAGAAGCAGGGAGACGGUCUGUGUCAGACCCUGACCAGUCCCUGUUUGAGUCCCAAACCUGAGAAGCCGUGGGAGAAGGACGCGUGGGAGAUCCCCCGAUCCUCACUCAAACUGGACAGGAGACUCGGAGCCGGACAAUUCGGAGAAGUCUGGAUGGCCACGUACAACAAACACACCAAGGUGGCAGUGAAGACGAUGAAGCCGGGCAGCAUGUCAGUGGAAGCCUUCAUGGGUGAAGCUAACCUGAUGAAGUCUCUGCAGCACGACAAGCUGGUGCGCCUGCACGCCGUGGUUUCCAAGGAGGAGCCUAUCUACAUCAUCACCGAGUACAUGGAGAAAGGGAGUUUAUUAGACUUCCUAAAGAGUGAUGAAGGAAACCGAGUGCAGCUGCCCAAGCUCAUUGAUUUCUCUGCUCAGACUGCAGAGGGGAUGGCUUACAUCGAGCAGAGGAACUACAUCCACAGAGACCUGCGAGCCGCUAACAUCCUCGUCAACAAGUCUCUGGUCUGCAAGAUCGCUGACUUCGGUCUGGCUCGAAUCAUAGAAGACAACGAGUACACAGCCAGAGAGGGAGCGAAGUUUCCUAUCAAAUGGACGGCUCCAGAGGCCAUCAACUACGGCUCCUUCACCAUCAAGUCUGACGUCUGGUCCUUCGGCAUCCUGCUUACUGAGAUCAUCAGCUACGGACGCACACCUUACCCGGGGAUGACGAACCCAGAAGUGAUCCGCUCUCUGGAGAAAGGGUACAGGAUGCAGCGUCUCGACAGCUGUCCCACCGAACUCUAUGAAAUCAUGUUGGAGUGUUGGAAGAACAAACCCGAGGACCGACCCACCUUCGAUUACCUGCAGAGCGUUCUGGAGGAUUUCUACACCGCCACAGAGAGCCAGUACCAGCAGCAGCCAUGAUGCUGAAAACACACACCGUUAUAUUCCUCACAGAAGAAACGGGACUCAGAGGAUUGUGGGUCACCUGAGAGCCCCGCAGAGCAGCUGGAUUUCCUCGUCCUCUUCAUCAUCAUUUUAUAUUCUAACUCCUGUAUUUAUAUGACUCCACUUCCUCUCCUGCAUCGUGCCUUCUGCUCUCAGCCUCUUAUUGACGUCCCUUUGUAUCGAUGAUGUUUGACCUGCUGUAGUGUGUAGUGUGUAGCAGAUGAUGCCUGUUCACACUUCCUGUCUGUAUUUGGGAGAUAAAUGAAAAAUGUCAUGCAUUCACAUUUUUCUUCUUCUGUGUGAAAAUAUAAUUUAUUACUAAAAUAAUUCUGCUGAGUCGUCAAAGUUUCUUCUUCUAUGGUGAUGAUCUUUCUGAGAGUAAAACGCUUUUAUCACUGUU